GCGAUCGCAUUUUCAGAUGGGCGGUUCUCCGACGUUUUCAAUUGGUUGAUGCUGACCAUUUGUGCCCAGCCAAGCCUGAACGAGCUCGCCCUGGCAAUCCGGCGGACGUGGCCAGGACUGCAGGGGAAGGCUCAGAUCUGGGCAGCGUCGGCCAAACGUCUCGCUCUCCGCGCAAUCAAGGUCGGCGAGCAGGUCGUCUUCUCGGCGGAGGACAAGCUGUUUGCUUUUCUCGAGCAGCUCGUCUUCGACUACCCGCUCGCCGGGAAGGGUGCCCAGCGAUCUGCUGGCCCCGUUGUUUUCAAGGACCAGAUUGGCAAGAGCGCCUCAAAGGUCUCCGGCGAGCCGCCGCCGAUCAUCGACGCUUUCAUCAGACGUUGGGCGAAGCGGCGGCUCCGCGAUCCAGGUGCACCAAGGGCCCCACCACCUACGGAAGCAUACCUUGAAUGGCUGAAUUACUGGGUGACAGCGCAGAAGUUCUUCACCCCCCUGCUCACGGCGAAGAUGACGGGUGCAAUGUCCGACGAGGAGUACGACUACCAUCUCAGCAGCAUUGCAACGGCGAACAUGAACAGCAGCACUGCAGAUGUGGUGCUAGUCUCGGAGCUGGCGAUGCUGUGCCCCCUCGUGUCGUUCCAGCUGUUGAUGUCAAAUAUGACCGCUCUCGCCUCGGCCUCGGGCGCCGCCGCCGCGGGCGCGGGGCCCGCGCGCGCGGGCCGCGGGCGGUGGGUCGCGGCGGCGGCCGCGGCCGAGGGCAUGCCACGCGGGGCCGCGCCGCCGCUGCUCUGCCUCUGCCUCGCCGCGGCGCAGCUCCGCAGGGGCCCCAGGGGGGGGCGCCGCGCGUUCCCUGGCGGCGGCUGGGUGGCCGCCGCGGCGGGGCGGCCUCCGUGGCUGUGCGGCGGCCGCUGCGGCGGCGCCAGGGCGGGCGGCCAUGCCCGCCGUCCUCUUGCUCGCUGCCGGCACGCCAGCCAGAGCUGCGAGGCGGGGGCGGUCGGCCCGGUGCGGCUCCGCGGGGGGCUGGCGCUGCCGCCGCUGGGGCUCGGCACGGGCAAGCCCAGCAUGAUCGAGCCAGGCGUGGGCGAGGCGGAGGGCCGGGAGCGGCUCGUCGGCGCGGUGGCCGCGGCAGUGGGCAGCGGCUACCGCCUGGUCGACGCGGCGCUUUACGCUCGCACCGAGGCGGACGUCGUGGCUGGCGUCCGUCACGCUGGCGUGGACCGUUCGGAGGUGGUUGUGGCGACCAAGCUGCUGCAGUCGGCGCACAGGAGCGACGAUGCCGUACGCCGCUCCGUGGCGGACUCGUUGCAGAACCUGGGCGCCAACAGCAUCGACCUGUACUUCGUGCACAACCCCAGGGCCGGCAGGAUCCGGCAGGUGUGGCCUUUGCUCACGGAGCUGCGAAAGCAGGGCCUCGUUCGCGCUCUGGGCGUGUCGAACUUCGGGGUGCAGCAGCUGGAGGGCAUGCGGCUCGCGGGGCUCGAGCUGCCCGAGAUCAACCAGGUCGAGGUGCACUGCUGGAGACAGAUGCCAGAGCUUCUGGAGUACCACAGGCAGCACGGCAUCGCCACCAUGUGCAUGUCGCCGCUCGCCAAGGGCCAGAUGUUCAACCGGACGGACCUGGCAAGCAUCGCCGAGGAGUUGGGGCAGCCCGAGGCGUCUGUGGCCAUCCGCUGGGCGCAGCAGCUGGGGCUGGUGCCGAUCCCUCGCUCGCUCCGCGAGCAGCACAUCGUUGCCAAUGCCGCGACAGGUUUCAGCCUGUCCGCCGACCACAUCCGGCUCGACUCGGGAUACGUGGCCAGCCGGGGGGCGACGCCCGCCCACGCGCUGCCUUGGGAGCUCGUCGCGGACAGCGUUCCGGACAAGGCCCUGUGGGACGAGAGCAAGAAGCGCAAGGCCGAGAAGGCCGCGCGGAAGGCGAAGCAGAAGGUCGAGUGGGCGAAGCAGGCGUUGGCCAAGCGAGAGCAGCAGAUGCGCGCGCGGGAGGCCGUGGCCGCUGAGAGGAGGCUGCGGGCGCAGCUGGACCCCCCGGGCGCGAAGGUGAUCAAGCCUCGCAGCCUGAGGCCAGAGAGCGGAGGCGCCGUGGUGGACCUCCGAGAUGUGUGCCGCCAGGAGCGGGUCUCGGCACUCGAGCCGGGCUCUUCGAUGGUCUCUGGGUCCCUCGGGAAGUCCAAGACGAG